UGCCGCUGUGCGACCGGAGCGAGCGGAGGCAGCGGCGGGCGCGGGGGAGCCCGAGCCGUGACGGCGACAGCGGCCUGGGCCGGCCGGGGGGGGAUCGGGCUGCUAGAGAAGGAAGGAAGGGGGCGAUCCUGACCCUUCGCGGGCAGCGGAGCAACUGCGGCUUUUCCUCCCCCGCGCCGUUAUCGCCCUCCGUUACCGGGGGCGGCUCGGAGCCGCUGAGGCGGGCGGAGAGGCCGCUCGGCCACCUGGACGCGGCCCAUCCCUGCAGGGACCCGCCGCGGCCCCGAGGCGACCGCGGCUCCGGGGGCCCGCGCGCUCCCAGCCCGAAGUCCCUCGUCCCCGCCGAAGAGGCGGCUCGGCUCCCUCGGAGGCGUGAGGGGUGGGAGGGGGGGUGGGGGCUUUAUUUUUUUAAAUUUUUUUUUUUUAAAGGCGACUUUUUUUUUUUUUAUUUUUAAUUUUUUUCCUGCCCCUCCCGGCCUCCUCCGCGAAGAGAGAGGUGUGCUCGGGCUCCUCUGCUGCGGGAGAGGGUCUAUGGUGAUAGCACGGGGGUGGUGAGGGCUGAGGAGGGGUCUCGCCGCCGCCCCCGCCGCCGCUGAGGAGGAGGAGAGGGAGGAGGAAGAGGCGAGGCACGGCACCAUUUGCUGCUCCCUGCCCCAGCCAUGGAGAACGCGCACACAAAGACUGUGGAGGAAGUUUUGGCUUAUUUCGGCGUCAACGAGAGCACCGGGCUCAGCCUCGAGCAAGUGAAGAAGCUGAAGGAGAAAUGGGGCUCCAACGAGCUGCCGGCAGAGGAAGGGAAAACCUUACUCGAGCUUGUGAUUGAACAAUUUGAAGACUUACUAGUUAGAAUUUUGUUGCUGGCCGCUUGCAUAUCUUUUGUCCUGGCCUGGUUUGAAGAAGGUGAAGAAACAAUCACAGCAUUUGUAGAGCCUUUUGUAAUCUUACUUAUAUUAGUAGCCAAUGCAAUUGUGGGAGUGUGGCAGGAAAGAAAUGCUGAAAAUGCUAUUGAAGCUCUUAAAGAAUAUGAACCAGAGAUGGGCAAAGUGUAUCGACAGGACCGAAAAAGUGUCCAGAGGAUUAAAGCAAGGGACAUUGUCCCGGGUGAUAUCGUGGAAGUGGCAGUUGGAGACAAGGUUCCUGCUGAUAUAAGAAUUACUUCUAUCAAAUCUACAACUCUAAGGGUAGACCAGUCAAUUCUCACAGGUGAAUCUGUGUCUGUUAUUAAGCACACAGACCCUGUGCCUGAUCCUCGUGCUGUAAAUCAAGACAAGAAGAACAUGCUCUUUUCUGGUACAAACAUUGCUGCUGGAAAGGCCAUGGGGGUGGUCAUUGCGACGGGGGUGAACACUGAAAUCGGGAAAAUCCGCGACGAGAUGGUGGCGACGGAGCAGGAGAGAACCCCCCUGCAGCAGAAGCUGGACGAGUUUGGGGAGCAGCUGUCCAAAGUGAUCUCCCUGAUCUGCAUCGCCGUGUGGAUCAUCAACAUCGGCCACUUCAACGACCCCGUGCACGGCGGCUCCUGGAUCCGCGGCGCCAUCUACUACUUCAAGAUCGCCGUGGCCCUGGCCGUGGCCGCCAUCCCCGAGGGCCUGCCCGCUGUCAUCACCACCUGCCUGGCGCUGGGCACGCGCAGGAUGGCCAAGAAGAACGCCAUCGUCAGGAGCCUGCCCUCCGUGGAGACCCUGGGCUGCACCUCGGUCAUCUGCUCCGACAAGACGGGGACGCUGACCACCAACCAGAUGUCCGUGUGCAGGAUGUUUAUCCUGGACAGAGUAGAAGGAGACAGCUGCUCUCUGAAUGAAUUUACUGUAACUGGUUCAACAUAUGCUCCCAUGGGAGAAGUGCAUAAAGAUGACAAACUCAUUAAAUGUAGCCAGUAUGAUGGUCUUGUGGAACUUGCAACGAUCUGUGCUCUCUGCAAUGAUUCCUCUUUGGAUUACAAUGAAGCUAAGGGAGUUUAUGAAAAGGUUGGUGAAGCCACAGAGACGGCGCUUACGUGUCUGGUUGAGAAAAUGAACGUGUUUGACACGGACCUGAAGGGACUCUCGAGGAUCGAACGCGCGAACGCCUGCAACUCGGUGAUAAAACAACUGAUGAAGAAGGAAUUCACUCUGGAAUUCUCCAGAGACAGGAAGUCCAUGUCUGUCUAUUGUACUCCGAACAAACCGAGCCGCACGUCCAUGAGCAAGAUGUUUGUUAAGGGUGCUCCUGAAGGUGUGAUUGACAGAUGUACACAUGUCCGUGUUGGAAAUGCUAAAAUACCUUUGACCUCGGGAAUUAAGCAGAAAAUAAUGUCUGUCAUUAGAGAAUGGGGAACUGGCAGAGACACGUUGCGUUGCUUGGCUCUGGCAACCCAUGACAAUCCUCCCAAAAAAGAGGAAAUGAAUCUGGAGGACUCCUCAAAUUUCAUUAACUAUGAGACCAACCUGACAUUUGUGGGCUGCGUGGGAAUGCUGGAUCCCCCCAGGAUUGAGGUAGCUUCAUCCAUAAAGCUGUGCAGACAGGCUGGCAUCAGAGUCAUUAUGAUCACCGGUGACAACAAGGGCACGGCCGUGGCCAUUUGCCGCCGCAUCGGGAUCUUCGUGGAGGAUGAGGACGUGUCCACCAAAGCCUUCACGGGCAGGGAGUUUGAUGAGCUGUCCCUGGCUGCCCAGAGGGAUGCCUGUCACCAUGCCCGGUGCUUUGCCCGGGUAGAGCCUUCCCACAAAUCCAAAAUCGUGGAGUUCCUUCAGUCUUUUGAUGAGAUCACAGCCAUGACUGGUGAUGGUGUCAAUGAUGCCCCUGCACUGAAGAAAGCAGAAAUUGGAAUUGCCAUGGGUUCUGGUACUGCAGUGGCCAAAACUGCUUCUGAAAUGGUUUUAGCAGAUGACAAUUUCUCCACGAUUGUGGCUGCUGUGGAAGAAGGACGUGCCAUUUACAACAACAUGAAACAGUUCAUCCGAUACCUCAUCUCCUCCAAUGUUGGGGAAGUUGUUUGUAUCUUCUUGACUGCUGCCCUGGGUUUUCCUGAAGCUCUGAUUCCUGUUCAGCUGCUGUGGGUGAACCUUGUGACAGAUGGUCUGCCUGCCACUGCCCUGGGCUUCAACCCUCCUGACCUCGACAUCAUGAACAAGCCACCGCGCAACCCCAAAGAGCCCCUCAUCAGUGGGUGGCUCUUCUUCCGUUACCUGGCUAUUGGGUGUUACGUUGGUGCUGCCACAGUGGGUGCUGCUGCUUGGUGGUUUAUUGCUGCUGAUGGUGGUCCAAAAGUUUCCUUUUACCAGCUGAGCCAUUUUCUGCAGUGCAAGGAGGACAAUCCAGACUUCUAUGGGGUGGACUGUGUGGUGUUUGAGUCCCCGUAUCCGAUGACAAUGGCUCUCUCUGUGCUUGUCACCAUAGAGAUGUGCAAUGCUCUCAACAGCCUGUCAGAAAACCAGUCCCUGAUGAGGAUGCCCCCGUGGGAGAACAUCUGGCUGGUGGGGGCCAUUUGCUUGUCCAUGUCCCUCCACUUCCUUAUCCUUUAUGUGGAACCACUGCCAAUUAUCUUCCAGAUCACACCUCUGAACGUGACGCAGUGGCUGAUGGUAUUGAAAAUCUCCCUCCCUGUCAUUCUGCUGGAUGAAACACUUAAAUAUGUGGCCCGUAACUACCUGGAACCUGGUAAAGAUGAUAGUGUGCGGCCUGCCACCAAACCCUGUGCCCUGUCAGCAUGCACCGAAGGAGUUUCCUGGCCGUUUGUGUUCAUUACUAUGCCCCUGGUUAUCUGGCUUUACAGCACAGACACUAACUUUAGUGAUAUGUUCUGGUCUUGACUGACAUGGUGACGAGUUUUACAUUCAAAGGAGAAAAAAAAAAAAAAGUUUAACUUAAUUUUUUUAUUGUUUAGAGCAACUGUCUAUUUCUGCUGAAUUUUCACAUGAACAUAUUUGCCGGUGAUGGAGGUUUCAUAAUCUAGAUUUUGGUUUUUUGCUUUUCUGACUUCAGUGGGGGCAAUAUAUUCCUCUUUUAUACACAGUUAAAGUGUCCAUUGACAUGUACAGAGAACUAACACUAUUUUAUGCAAAUAUUUUUUUGUAGAUGAAAAGCAUGUACAGUGUUCUGUUCAAUAGUCUAUUCAUCAUGUAAAAAAAAGUAAAUUUUUUUUGAGCCAGCGGACACUAUCAAACUAAAUUGGCAGCAGAUUUUAGGGAAUGAAUGUGUGUUGUCUAAAACUAAAAAAGCAUGUAACUGUUUGUCUUCUGCAUGAUCAUCCAAACUUAAUUUGUCAUAAAGUCAGGUUUUGUUCACAAGCAGAACUUUCUGCUCCCUGGGUCAGGAUUUCUUCUCGGUCCCCUCUUCCCUCACUCUCGGUUCUUGACUGUCCUUGUUUACACCACUUUCUGUAUGAGGUAUGCCUGAUCUUGCUCGUGCAGAAAAUACCAUUCCAGGUGCAGCCUGCUGGGGUUCUUCCAUACUCUCCACACACAUAGGGUUGUGUUUUUUUAAGGAUUAUUUAUUUGUCUAUUGUAUUUUAUUGUAACAGACCUUACUUUGCCAGUGUUGCCCAUUAUGCAGGGAUAGGGAGGGCUACUUCUGUCUCCUUAAAUCUAAAGCCUUUUUAACACACACAACUGUUUCAAUUCAAAAGAGGGUUUAAGUUGGGGUUUAAUACCUUUUUUACACGUGUUUUCCCCCUUUAAGAUCAAAAUUUGCAAUGAGACCUGAAAAAAUGCACUGCAUAGCUAGAAAUUGGAUUUCCUACACUUAGGGCACUAAUGCUCAGUUGUGUACAUGGAGUUACUCUGCUGGCCUGUUGUUAGCCUGACUUGAAGUAACAAGCUCGUGUGUGUUUUUUGUAAAAUCUGUAAAUAGCACAUGACCAAAUUGAACAUAUUGUAUAGAACUAUUUUUAUUUUAAUGUGGCACUAACCACCUUCAUUAUUACGGUAAAUGUUAAAGCAUGUUUUCAAAUUCAGUCCUGUAUCAACAAUGUGUAAGUCAUUAACAGUCCUAACUGUGGUGUUUUUCUCCAAUGCCUUCCAACUUUCAUCGACUAAAGUGAGUAUUUUUCUUCCAUUUCACCCUGCCAGUGGUGACUUGCUGUAAAAUAGCAUAUGCUGUAUACAUGUUGAAGAAUAAAUAGUAAUUUCCUUCA